AUUCGAGCUCAGACGGAUGGAUGGACAUUUUUUUUAAAAAGAAUCAGCGCGAUUUUUUUGGGUGCGUUUUCAAACAUAUUUUUUAGUUGGUUGCUAGCCAACGUUAUGUCGACGAAGAAACUGGCCAAAGAACUGGGAUUCCUGAGGCAGCGGAGUCAGUCCUCUGAUGGGGCAAAGACACCAUUGUUAUCAAAACAAAUAUUUUCAUACCUCAUUGUGAUUGAUUUUGAGUCAACUUGUUGGAGAGACAGAAACAACCACAGCCCGGAAAUAAUUGAGUUUCCUGCUGUGGUGAUGAACACAUCCACGGGGGAGGUCGAGUCCGAGUUUCAUACUUACGUUCAACCCCAAGAGCACCCGGUUCUGUCCGAGUUCUGCACUGAGCUGACCGGGAUCACACAGAUUCAAGUUGAGGCGGGGAUCCCCCUUCAGAUCGUUCUUUCUCGGUUCGGCCGCUGGCUGCAAAACCUGCAGCUGGAGAUGGGGCUGGUCUUUCCCAACAGGCCGCAGGGAUCUUCUGCACCUUCGCCUUCUCAAAAACAGUGUGCUUUCGUCACAUGGUCAGACUGGGAUCUCGGCGUUUGUUUGCAGUACGAGUGUAAACGCAAGCAGCUCCAUAAACCUGAUGUGCUCAACAGCUGGAUCGACCUGAGGAGCACCUACAGGCUGUUUUACGACAGGAAACCCAAAGGCCUGAACGGGGCACUGCAAGAUCUGGGAAUCCAGUUUUCAGGGAGAGAACAUUCUGGUUUGGAUGACUCCCGGAAUACAGCUCAGUUGGCAGCGAGGAUGAUGAGGGAUGGGUGUGUGAUGAAGAUCACCCGCAGCCUGGAGAAGAUGCCAUUAAGGGUCAAACCCAUGCUUGGAAACGCAACUCUAGACAACAAAAAAUCCAACAAAGACAAAGAGGAAAACACACCUGCUACAAACAAACCGUCACACAUUGCCCCAGAAUCGUGUCCAGAGAACAUUUCAAGGGAUUUAGACCCAAAGAGGAACUCUGGUUCCGUACAAAUCUGCCAAAGCCUGAUCUCACCGAAGACGCUGCUGAAUGGUACAACUACGCCCCUCUGGGGAUGCGGCAGCAGGAGGUCAGUCAAAGCAGUGGAUGUCGCUAAUAAUUUCUCCUCAGUUAUGAUGAACCGCCUUUCAAUGCACAAUAACAGCAGCAACAACAACAACAACAACAACAACGGCAGCAGCUUUGUUCUGUGUUCUACCACCGUGGGACACCUUUCCAGUCUGCCUCCGACAAACCAGCCGUGCGACGCGGGAGCGACGGUAGAGGAGGACGGUGCGGAGCUUUUAGUGGAAACCGAGGACAGGUGUGGUUCAUAUGAUGACGUGGUGUUGGAGGGUGAUGAUGAUGAUGAUGAUGAUGAAGUUGGCGAAACGGAGAGAGAAUUUGACGUCGAUUGUGUGGCCGAUUUCGACAGCGGAGGCCACGUGUGGGAAAAGCCCGAUGAAGCACAUUCCUCCUGCGACGAGGUUACGUUAAGGGACAAAACCAGAGGCGCAGUGAGCGGUGGAGACGACUUUAAAACUCAAAAGAUGAGAGGUUGGUGCUCAACGUCUCAUCGCUUGAAUAUAAUCAGGCAGCAUUCAACGAUCCCAGAGCCCAAUACUUAUUUUGCUGUGCCCAAAGCUGUUACUCGGGACUCCGGCUCAAUUCAGCUUAGAACCUCUCUAGCAGUGCAAGAAAAGCCAGGCGGGCCUCAUAAAACCCCGAAGGCAAACGCACCCUCUCUGCUCAGACACAACCCCUUCAUCCCAGAAAAGACCUCCACCCCUCACACUUCAUUUGCUCGACCCAAAGCAGUCGUCCCAAAGUCUUCCUUCGCCAUCUUCGCUGACCCAGCGAAACCCUCCCGUCCCUCCUCGCGUGGCUCUCUUUGCGCCUCCAAGAAUGUCCUCUCCUCUCUGUCGACCAACGUGCUCGACUCCCACGCCAAUCGUGCCUCCGUGGGAGGCCAGAGGACCACGUCCCCACUGUGUGGUUGUGGGCGUCGUGCGAAGCGUCAGGCCGUAUCCAACGGGGGGCCGAACCAGGGCCGGGGGUUUUACUGCUGCCCGGUCCGGCGGUCGGGGGGCGGCGGCCGGAUCCAGAAGGGCUGCGAGUUCUUCAAGUGGGAGUCGGCUCUGUUGAGGAGCGGUUCAGGCGGCGUCCCUGCUGUCGGGUCGUCUGUCUCACUCUGUCAGAUCAACUUGACUCUGACUCGUCCCCCCCAGAGGGCGACACUGAGAAAGAGCUACUAACGCAGUGGAGGGGGGAGAAGAAGACGCUGAGAGUGUGUUCUACCUCAGUCACAUAGACUUUAUGAUAUUGUGAUGUUUAACCAACUGCCACAAAGACUGUUCCUCAAAAUUGUUAUUUUGUUUAACUUGUUAAAACAUUC